AUGAGCGAAUAUAAAUCAUCGAUUUUCAAAUCUAUUUCAUCUCCAACAACAACAGCCAAUCAAUAUAAUAACAAUAAUAAUAGUAAUAAUAGUAGUAGUAGUUUUAAUAGUUUUAAUUAUGGAUAUGAAAGUAGUAUGUAUUAUUCUGAUAUAAAUAAGUUGGAGGGUAUGAACAACAACAGCAAUACCAACAAUAAUAGUAGUAUUAGUAGUAAUAAUAAUGAUGUUUCUUAUGGAUGGAGUUAUAAUGAUAUUGUGAAUGGCGCCGACGAGUUGAAAACAACAGCCUAUCACUCACCGACAGCCGCACCCACCAGUGGAACAUCAAUGAAUUCAUCGCCAAUCUACUACAACAAGGAUUUAAUCGAUAAGCUAAGUGAUGACUCUCAGCCACCACCUCAUCAUUCACCACUCAAUCUCUAUGGUAAAUCACUAAGAAACAGUUAUCAAAAUGGAAUCGGUGGUGGUCACAGUCGUAACAAUAGCGGAAGUGGAAGUAGUCACAGUCGUAAUAAUAGCAGUGGCGGUGGAAGUAGUCACAGUCGUAAUCACAGUAGAAAUGGCAGUAUAGGUAAUAAUUCAACUACUGCUGCAGAGUUACAAUUAUUGGAUCAUGAUGAUAAUAAUGGUAAUUCACAUUUCAAUGAUGAUAAUGAUGAUAAUGAUGAUUCAUCUGAUGUUGAUCAAACUGACAAUGAUGAUAAUGGUUAUCUAUCUACAUUACCACCAACAACAACAACAUCGUCAAAGUCAUACUCAGCAUCGAAUCUAUCGAUAUUUGUUGAAAACAACUACUCUGAGUUGCCAAUCACAAAGCCAAGUGGAUCUUGCACACCAGGUGGUGGUUCUUCAUCGUCGCCAUCUUCACUGCAAGUGUCACCAAAACUCUCAAGUAAAACACCACCCACAGCUUUUCCAUCACAUUUUCCACCACUAUCACCAUCGAUUGAUGUUCCAUCACCAUCGUCUUCAUCAUCGCCACCACCAGUUCCAUCUCGUACACACAAACGUUUCCAUUCCACUUCAAAUUUACCAAACAACAAUAAUAAUGAAAGUAAUUCAACAAAUAAUAGUAAUAAUAAUAGUAGUAAAUUAAAUGUAUUUAGUAAUCAAAGAGCCAACUUGACAACGUCGGCCAAUAAUAUUAGUCAGAGUUUGAGUAGCAGUUUCGGUAGUAUCUCCAGUAAGAUUUCUCAGUCACCGCUCAAGUCCAAGCUGCUCAAAGUCAUCACCAACGUCAAGAAUAGCUCGCCUGUAGAAUCUAUACUCACCAAUCUCUCUAUAUCGACAAGUUCACUCUCACCCAGAAAUUCAUCUGAUAUUUCAAUACAACCAAUAGCCUCUUCCACCUCCGAACCAUCAUCAAACUAUCCUUCAUUACAAUCUUCAACAAACUCUACAGUAGAUAUUGAAUAUGAACAACAACAAAAUCAACAACAACAACAACAACAAAGUCAAGAUGGUAAUAAUAUUAAACUACAAGAUUCAAUUGAUAAGAUUGUAAAUGAAUUUGACUUUGAUCUAAUAAAAAUUGAAGAUAAUAGUCAACAACAACAACAACAACAACAACAGCAACAACAGUCAUCUCAACAAACUAAUAGUAAUAAUAUCAACGAUGUAAAUAUUGAGAAAACAACAUUAACAAAGAAACCACAACAAUUUUUAUCGAUAGACGAGAAAUCUGUUAUUCAAAAUAGUCGAAGAUCAUCACUUUUACAUCUCUCCUAUAAAUCAUCGUUAUUAAAUCAGAUUUCACAACAACAGAGUCGAUCAGAGAGAUAUAGAUUCAGUUUACCUUUACUAGAUAUUAGUCCAUAUCCAAAGUUGAAUAAUGAUUUUAACGCCACAAACAACAGUAGUAACAAUAAUUAUAAUAAUAGUAACAAUAAUCAAUUUAUUUCUUAUGAUGAACUAUUUGAUAAUUAUAAAAAUAGUAGUAGUAGUAAUAGUAACGGUAAUAAUAUCUAUUCAUAUCCAUCAUUAAAGAAUACAAAUGGUAGUACAGUUAAACAAGAUAUUACACUUCAAAGAUUUAAACCACUUCCACCAAGACCACCAACUACUCAACAUCUACAACAUCAGCAACCAUCAAAUAGCAGUAAUAACAAUAAUAAGAUGUCAUCUUUACUACAAUUCAUAUCUAUAUCAUUGCCUGAUAUAAUUACAAAGAAUGGAGAGUCAUCAGCUCAAUCGACAUCAACUGCUAUGAUUGACGAUGAGCAAUAUCGUAAUUUCUCACAGUAUCUAAAUGAGAGUGGUGAUCGUCACAAGAUAUAUCAACACAUUCAAUGGCAUCUUGAGCAACCAGUCGUUAACAUUGAGAUUGUUAAACUACUGGGUACUCACUAUGGAUUCACCGAUUCCUGUAGAGCAAUCUCUUGGAUGCUUAUGACCGGUUAUUUACCACCAAACAAAGAUCAAAGACAAUCUGCAUUACAAUCAAAGAAAUUACAAUAUCGAGAUUUAGUAAAGAAAUACUAUGGUGAUUGUAAGCUGUUUGAAUCGGAUGAGAAUAACUUUGAGAGAAAUACCAAUAAGCUAUUGAAUAAUGUGGCAGUGUUGUGGUCUAAUAAUACACAAUCUGGUCAGCAAGAGAAGGAGAAGUUCAAUGAAUUGGUACAACAAGUACAUAUCGAUGUAAUUAGAACCAGACCCGAUGGAUUCUAUGAUCUUUUUGAACUUAAAGAGAUUGAACAAAUGUCAGAAAGAAUAUUGGUUAUUUGGUCAAGUGAGAAUAAGGAUGUUUCAUAUUUCCAAGGAUUGAAUGAUUUGAUAUGUCCGUUCCUGAUUGUAUUCCUUGACUAUGCAAUAGAGGUUUCAAAGGUGACACAGGAUAGCUUCCCAUCGUAUCCAUCGUUGGUUGACACUCUGAUCGACGACGAAGUGUUGCUCUCCAAGAAGAUUGGUGAUGGUUCACUGGUGAAAGAGUUGAUAGAGAAGAAACGAUUCGAUAUACUUUCACGUGUGGAAACCGAUGUCUAUUGGUGUCUGAGUAAUCUAAUGAAUUCAUGUAAAUCGUACGCAGCCAACACCGGUUGUGGAUUACCUGCCGAGGGUAUGAUGAAGAAUUUAGAAUCACUCAUAAAAGAAUCAAAUGAGGAGUUAUAUUUACAUUUCAAAAAACAUGGUUUGGAUUUUAGUCAUUUUUCAUUUAGAUGGAUGGUUUGUUUUUUAAUUAGAGAAUUAUCAUUUGAAACUGGAAUUAAACUAUGGGAUAGAUAUAUGUGUGAUAAAAACAAUGAAGGUUUUUCAAUACUACAUAUAUGUUUCUGUGCAUCUAUAUUAUCCUAUUGGAGUAAUGAUCUGCUGAAUAUGGAGUUUAUGGAACUUGUCACCUAUUUACAACGAUCCGAUAUUCUUCCAAGAGAUCAACUCGAUCCAAUCCUAAGAAGUGCCAAUUCAUUUAGACAUAUUUAUAAUUAUUUAUUGUAA